AUGAUGAGACAGGCAACCAUGGAUUUCAGCACCCCAUCUGUGUUUGAUCAGCAAAAAGGUGACUCAUCUGAGGAAGUUGACCUGACCAUGGUUUACCAGGCUGCAUCUAAUGGAGAUGUCAAUACUCUAACUGCAGUGAUUCGGGAAGACCCUGCAAUCCUAGAAUGCUGUGACAGUGAAGGAUGCACGCCCUUGAUGCAUGCGGUUUCCGGACGUCAAGUGGACACAGUGAAGCUGCUGUUGAAGAUGGGAGCCAACAUCAACAUGCAGGACGCAUAUGGCCGCACGAGUUUAUGCGUGGCAACCUAUCUGGGUUGGCUCGAAGGCUGUGUGAGUCUGCUCAGAAAUGGUGCCAGGCACAAUAUCCCAGAUAAAAAUGGUCGUCUGCCCCUGCAUGCUGCCACUGCUGAGCCCGAUGUGAGGCUCCUAACUGUCCUGCUGCAACAGUCAAACCUCAGCGAGAUAAAUCACCAGGACAAUGAGGGAAUGACACCACUCCAUUGGGCAGCUUUCCAUAACCAGCCUCAACACACCCAAGUGCUGCUGAAGAAGGGGGCAGACCCCACCCUUGUGGAUAAAGACUUUAAAACGGCUCUCCACUGGGCUGUCCAGAGUGGAAAUAGAAUUCUGUGUUCCAUUAUUCUGAGCCAUCACCAGAGUCCGUCCAUAAUCAACUAUGAUGAUGAAAGCGGGAAGACUUGUGUGCACAUCGCAGCAGCGGCAGGUUUCAGCGACAUUAUUAACGAACUGGCAAGGGUCCCCGAGUGUAACCUACAGGCUCUGGAUGUGGAUGACAGAACACCUCUGCAUUGGGCUGCAGCUGCAGGGAAGGCAGAAUGUGUCCAGUCACUGCUUGAGUUGGGCAUGGACAGCAACCUGCGAGAUAUCAACGAGAGUACACCGCUGGCGUACGCCCUGUACUGUGGCCACAUGGCCUGUGUCAAACUCCUCUCCCAAGAGAACAGAAUAGAGCCUACCCAACCCCUUCCUUCCCAGAACAGUAGACCCCAGAAGAAGGAGGGACGGUUCAGCAUGCUCAAUCAAAUCUUCUGCAAAAAUAAGAAAGAAGAGCAGAGAGCCUAUCAGAAAGAUCACAGCAGAGACAGAUACAGGGAGGAGGACACCUCGGAAGUCGAUGACAUCAUCACCACCUUUGACAGCAUCGUGGAUACCAACUGCCAAGAACAGCCUGGUGAUCAGGAGGCUAUGGUUGACUUUAAGAAGAGGACCUCAGAGAAUUCAAAAUAUCUCUUGCCAGAAAAGAAGCCUUUGGCCCAUAAGGGGCUUCCACCAAUCAGAACACAGAGUCUCCCACCCAUCACCCUGGGCAAUAACUUCCUGACGGCCUCCCAUGGGGCCACUGCCCAUGCUGGGCUGAGCUCUGGUACUCAUCAUACAGCUCAGAGGUCUCAGAAAAGUAGAAGUGAGCAGGAUUUAUUAAAUAAUAGAACUAGCUGCCAAACAUUGCUAGACAACCCCUGGAGGGGUGAGUCUAAUCAGGUGUUCCCCUACAAAGCUUGGACUGUGUCGUCUUCUGACAAGCUGCUAGACAGAUUGCUCAAUGGCAGAUCUGGUCACCAGGAGGUCUUGGGGCCACCACAUCUUCCCCAUCUACAUAAUCCUUCAUCAGGACAAAAUUUUCAGCAUCCCUCCCCAAACAGACCCAAAAUCAAGGAUCUUCCUUUCACACGGAACAACCUAGCUCCCCUACCAGACCAGAAAUUUCUGUCUGGAGAACCUCUAAGGGCAAACCGAGUGCUUCCGGCUAUUCCAAGCCAACGGGGACACAAUACACCAGCUGAGGAGAGUGAAAAGCCUGCCAAUAACACCAAUAAAGAAAAUUAA